AUGGGGGACUACUAUCACCAUUUUCUCACCUCCAUGACGGGGGUGGCAGCUAGCCAAGCUACAAGCCCGCAGGACAUACAUCCACCCCAAUUUCCAGGCGCCCAGAUGUCUAUGAUGGGCGGUGCCAUGCCUGGGCCAUAUCCCAACCUUGGAUAUUUCACAGGCUUCCCCGACCCCGUUGGGCUUACUACCCCCAAAUCCUCGAGGAACCGAAGAAAGUCGGCUUCGGGUUUAGAUCACGUCAAGCACCGACGAACACGAUCCGGUUGCUACAUGUGUAGGAGUAGAAGAGUAAAGUGCGAUGAAAGCCGGCCAGUCUGCGAUAGAUCUCCAGCAAAAGGCUCCUCAUCCAAAGAUGGAGCUCCUACUCAACAGCAGGCCAGUCCGGAUUCUUCCAACGAUGCUGAAGAUGGAGAGGACGAGACCGAACCCGGCGGUCUAGACACCAUCCUUGACGAGGACGAAGGAGAGGAAGAGUCUUUCCAGAGACAGUUUUCUGGGCCGAGUAGAAGCAGCACAGCUUCGUCAUUCAACCUGCAACGUACGGGAGGUACACGGCACGGCUCCGAGACGCCAUCACACGAGGGGACCAAGAGCGCCUCGCCUUCGACGUCUACCGCGAGCAGCCAAACAACCACCGCAUAUACGAUGCCGGAUCUUACGAUAUUAUCCCUAGGUGGUCACGCCGACUGGUCCCAUCUGCCCCCCGACCUCCGGCAGCAUCUGGAAUACUUCUGCGAAAACGUUACUCACUAUCAUUACUGUAUGCUCACUGACGCACACGAGUUCUUCCGUGUAAUUCUGCCGAAUUUCGCGUUGCAGAACGAGGCUCUGUUAUACGCGGUUGUGGGCUUCGCAGCGUACCAACGUACGAUACAAGAUCCCAAUGGCAAGAUGGAAGAGUUUCUGAAAUACUACAAUAAGAGUGUUAUCCUGCUGCUCAACUCCCUGAAGAGGAAGGAGAAGCACAAUAUUGCUAUGCUAUUGACCGUCCUUCAGCUUGCCACAAUCGAGGAGUAUCUGGGCGACUGGAUCAACCUUAUGGGGCAUCAGAAGGCUGCUUUCGAGAUGCUGACACAUUUGUUCACGCCUGAGACAGCUACGCAGACUCCUCUUGGUAGAAUGAUUGUGUCUUGGUACGGACGCUUCGACAUCUUCAUCGCUAUGAUGGGCGGCUUUCCCACGAUGCUAGCCCCCGAGUGGUUCAUUACUUUUGUAGAAUACUGCGAUCAGCAAGCCGUCUCGGACGAAGCAGAUAGCUUGCACUGGAAACUCGAAGCGGAAUCAGGUCGCCUGCGGGUUAUUUCGAGAGAAAUGUCUACCCUCUUCGCCCGAGGUAGCCGAGGCCAGAUAACACCGGAAGAUUUCGCGACGGAGCACGAACGACUGCAAAACUCGCUCCAGGGCUGGAAAGACGGAUGGGAUCACGCACUUACGGACCCUGCUUACUACGUCACCGACUUCAGCCACGCGGGCCCUCUGGGGGAGGACGACAUCGUCGACCCGUUUAUCACAGGAGUCUUGUACGAUUUCCCGAUAUUCUCGACAACGCUACUCACCAGCGAGUUCAACUCUACCAUGAUGAUGCACAAGUGUCAGUCGUCGACGACGCAGCGGGAACACCUUUACGGCGAGCUUAGAGGUCAUGCAUACGCCAUCUGCCAAAUUUUUGAGGCUGUCGAGAGGUGGCCGUCGAGCCCCAGGGGCAGUUUAAUCCUGAUCCAGGCUUGCAUCGCCCUUUCGGCUUUGUUCUUACCGCAGGACGCCAAACACCACAACUGGAUCCGAAAGAAGUUUGCUUUGCUAGAGACUAUGGGGACAGGCACACUGACGUUUGACGAAACCCUACACAGAUAUAUACACCCGAUAUCACUCCGCACCAAGAUGGCUGAAAUGUUCCACGAGCCCAGCUGCGUGCGCUGGUGGCUGCCCAACGACGAGGGCUACAGCCGUAUCCUCCAGGACGUACGGACCUUUGCCGAUGAACGCAACGCCAAUGCCGCAACUGCCCAGGCGGAGAACCUUCGAGAAGUCAGACACAUUUUUGCAAAGAUGCAAAUGACGGAGGAGAAUGCAACCCAGGCUGCAUAG